GGGCAGCAUUUUCUAUGUUGCUCUGCAUCUCAUCUCCUUCAACCUUCCUCCCUCAUAUCAUCAACCCUUUACCAAUCCUAAAUCUCAAUUAUCCCACCAACACUUUUCCAUUUCUUUCUCUUUAGUUGUUGAACUCAGACACCAUCUGAUUCCCACUUUCUCAGCAUCUACAAAACCAUCGUCUUGUUAAACAAAUACAACCAGUAAAAAGAUGGGUAUAGGAAUGAUCACCAUCACAGCUAUGGCGGUGCUGUUGGUGUUGGGUGGCUCAACUCAAGUGGUGGAAUCAGCAAUAGGUGUGAACUGGGGUACUAUAUCCAACCACAGGCUAUCUCCUUCCACGGUGGUGAAUCUUCUCAGAGACAACAAGAUUCAGAAAGUGAAACUUUUCGAUGCUGAUCCAGAUUGUCUCCGAGCUCUAAUGGGCACCGGAAUCGAGGUCAUGGUGGGCGUCUCAAAUGACCUUUUGGCCACACUCAGCUCCUCCACUGCCGCCUCCGAUUUGUGGGUUUCUCAGAAUGUCUCCAGAUACAUGGUUAAAGGAGGGGCCAACAUCAAGUAUGUAGCUGUAGGAAAUGAACCCUUCCUUUCAAGUUAUGGCGGUCAGUUCCAGUCAUAUGUGAUGCCAGCCAUGACAAAUCUGCAACAAUCCUUGGCAAAAGCAAACUUGGCAGGCAACGUGAAGCUAGUUGUCCCUUGCAAUGCCGAUGCCUACGAGUCUUCUCUUCCUUCACAAGGAGCAUUCCGACCUGAGCUUUCUCAAAUUAUGACGGAUCUUGUUACUUUCCUUAAUUCCAAUGGUUCCCCCUUCGUUGUCAAUAUCUACCCAUUUCUAAGCCUCUAUGGCAACUCAGAUUUCCCACAAGACUAUGCUUUUUUCGAAGGGACGACACAUUCUGUCACGGAUGGACCAAAUGUGUAUUAUAACGCAUUUGAUGGGAACUACGACACUUUAGUUUCUGCCCUUAAUAAACUUGGAUUUGGUCAAAUGGCAAUAGUUGUAGGAGAGAUAGGUUGGCCUACAGACGGAGCUAUUAGCGCGAAUGUCAAUGCUGCAAGAGUUUUCAACCAGGGACUCAUCAAUCAUGUUGCAAGCAACAAAGGAACCCCUCUUAGGCCUGGACAACCCCCUAUGGAUGUCUAUCUUUUUGGACUUCUUGAUGAAGAGGCGAAGAGCGUUCUUCCAGGGAGUUUCGAGAGACAUUGGGGGAUUUUCUCUUUUGAUGGGCAGGCAAAAUAUGCACUCAACCUUGGUUCGGGCAACGGGUUGUUGAGAAAUGCCAAAGAUGUCCAUUAUCUUCCAUCCAGGUGGUGUGUGGCUGACCCUUCCAAAGAUCUUUCUGGUGUUGCAGACCACUUUAAACUGGCGUGUACCGUUGCGGAUUGCACGACUCUAGAUUAUGGAGGAUCAUGUAACGGAAUUGGCCAAAGGGGUAACAUUUCUUAUGCGUUCAACAGUUACUAUCAGGUACAGAAACAGAAUUCUCAGAGCUGCGAAUUUGAUGGUCUUGGGAUCGUUACUUUUCUAAAUCCGUCCAUGGGUCAGUGCAAAUUUCUUGUGGGAGUUGCUGAGCAGGUGGUCACUAAGCAUCUUUCGCUGGGUUUGUGUUUGCAAAGCAGGUUUGUCGUCAUUUGGUUAUCGAUAUUUUGGGCACUUGUGAUUUGAAUAGCGUUAUUUGAUGUCGGAUUUUUCAGGGGUUCCCGACGACUUGAAUCAUUAGUUUAGGCUGAUAGUUGUAUACCACACCAUCCAACCAUCUCAAGCAUUAAAAGAUGAUAGCAUUUAGAGAUUAUAUAGGUUUUAUUCAAACUUAUGGUAGAUGUAUAAAUUUCACGAGCAUAUGUUAUGUCACAUCUGUGCAUUGUAAUA